AUGACGUCGCCAAAUGUGCAAUGCGAAACACGCACAGGUGAGGAAGAGAAGGAACCCUCUGGCGAAGCAGCCACUGGAUCUGAUGUCGAAGAAGAAAAUAAAUCGAUUCAUGUUUAUCCUAACAAAAGCACCUAUGAGGGGGGUUAUCUGCAUGGGAAGAAGUCCGGAUUGGGCAAAUUGACUAAGAGGAACGGCGAGUUCUACGAAGGCAACUUCCAAAACGGACAAAAGCACGGAGUGGGGUUCCAACGAUACUCCAGUGGCGAUUUCUACUACGGAGAGUGGAAGCACAACAAGAAGGACGGCCGGGGCAUUUACUUCUUUUCCUCCACCGGGGAAUACUACUUCGGCGAAUGGUGCAAGGGAAGCCUCAUAAGCGGGGUCUGGGUCAUCUCCAGCGAAGCAAAAUACAUGGGGACGUUUUUUAGGAACCUACCAAAGUUCAAGGGAGAGUUUCUCUUUGCCAACGACUCAAAAAUUAGCGUCUUUUACGAGCAGAGUUUGGGCAUUUCCAGUGCGGAUGACGGGGGCGCGGAGCGCGUGGGGCUGCACUGGAGGUCGCUCUAG